UCGCGCUUCCUCCCCUCCAUCCGCUCGCUCCACAAUUGUUCGUCCAUCAUGGCCUCUGCUCGCUCUUUGAUGCGAUUGGGCUCUGGCCGGUCGCUGACGGCCGCUGUUCGGUCGCCCCGGGUCUGCCGACCCUUCUCCUCGACGGCUCUGCAGUACACCAGCGAGCCUCCGAGUUACCGCACGGUUGAGCGUCCCGCCCCCGAAACUCUCCGUCGACCCGUCGUCAACCCGGCGGACAAGCACCAGGACAAGGCCGAAAGCCUGCACAGCUACGGCCAGUACGUCAUGUCGUGUAUGCCCAAGUACGUGCAGCAGUUCUCGGUGUGGAAGGACGAGUUGUCCAUCCACGUGCCUCCGUCGGGGAUCAUCCCGGUGAUGAGCUUCCUGAAGAACCACACGGCGGGCGAGUUCACGCAGAUCUCCGAUAUCACGGCGGUCGACUACCCGACCAAGGACCAGCGAUUCGAGGUCGUCUACAACAUGCUCAGCGUGCGACACAACUCGCGUAUCCGCGUCAAGACCUACGCCGACGAGGCCAACCCGGUUCCCAGCGUGACGGGCCUGUUCGAGGGUGCCCUCUGGUACGAGCGUGAAGUUUACGACAUGUUCGGCGUUUUCUUCUCCGGCCACCCCGAUCUGCGUCGCAUCAUGACCGACUACGGCUUCGACGGCCACCCGCUGCGCAAGGAUUUCCCUCUGACCGGAUACACGGAGCUGCGAUACGAUGAGGAGAAGAAGCGGAUUGUCAUUGAGCCGCUGGAGCUGACCCAGGCGUUCCGGAACUUCGAGGGUGGCAGCACUUCCUGGGAGCCUGUUGGUCCUGGUAAUGACAAGACUCCUGAGUCGUUCAAACUCCCUACCCCCAAGCCGGAGGAAAAGCCCGAGGAAAAGAAAUAGAGCUCUCAAUGUAUUCGUAAUUCAGUUGCUUUUUCUGUAUGUAUAUAUCGCGCCUACUGGAUCGUCACUUAACGGGAUAAGAUGUAGAUCUAAGUGUAGGAGAAACAGCUUCUAUAAUGCUAGGAAGUGUUCAAUUUUCCGUUCAUCUCUCUUGCUCUGUCAUUUUCUGUCUCCUUUUUUUAUUCAAAUUUCUAUUCAUU